UAAAAAUAUCUUUUAUGAGAAUGCUAAUACAGCUUUUAGUGUUUUUUUUACUUUGCCGAAUAACUUUAGAAGAGAAUUGUUAUCACAAUCAUUCGGCUGGUCAUGAUCACUACGAUUGUGGAUGUUGCUCGCAAAUUAGUAACAACAAUGGCAAUGCCAUUGGCUACCAUUGUCAUAAGGAUGACCAGGACUCAAUUUUAAAAUAUGCACUCGAAAGGGAAAGUGCGUUUUCUGAAUGUGUACCAAACGGUUUUGAGGUAAAAUAUUCCAUUAAAGAAUUUUGCUGUUUCUGGUCGCCGAACUUGGGAUGUACAAUCCUAGUUAAUGAAAAGUACUUUGUGGACAAAGCCGUGUGCAAUCGAUGCAAGUAUUAUUGUCAAAGAACGUCAGGAAGUGAACGGAGCUCAAAUUAUCCACAGAAACUUAUAAUGGAACUUUCAUUGCUGCUGAUCGGCAGCAAUUACAUACAGAACUAAAAUCCAUAUUUGCCCUUCAAUGGAAAAUUACUUAAUUAAUCCUAGAGCCUACAAUCAUUCAAACUUAACCCACUCAAGGGACGCGAGUUAAUCAAAAAUUAAUAGUGAAAGUAACUGUCUGGCCGUCA